AUGCCACUCACAAAAGUGACACCCAGAAAACCAGGGUUUCUGUGUUCAAUAUGCUUGAUUCGACUUCCGUCUAAAGAUGAGUGGAGUAAACAUUUGUUAGCUUGUGGUUUGGAAGACAUGUCCAAAAGGAAGUUUGAAUGCGAGUUUUGUGAUCAAGCCUUUGGGAAAAAGACAAUUUUAACCAGGCACAUGAAAAGAGUCAAUGGUGACGACCGAGUGAAAACAGGCACCCGAGACCAGGUUCAGUCUACACCAAAGAGUGUUGGAGAAGAUGAAGAUUGGGAUAAAGACCCAGGAGAGUUGAUAUUUGACGAAGUGGAGGUCAGAAGAACACACCGGAAAAGAACCAUCCCAAGAUUGCCAGGUGUCAAACGCAAAGCUAUAGAAGAAGAGCCAGUAUUGUCAGAGGGACAGGGUAAAGAACCUGAGGUAGAAAUAGAGAUCAGUGAAACGACGUCCCAAGAGGAACCCCUGACAGAGAGUCAUUGCUCUUGUUGUAAGGCUGUUGGGAGGGGAAAAGUAGACGUUGGAACGCAGACCAACCUUAAGGUCGAUGAUCAAAAGAAGAGAAGCCACCAGAAAAUUAUCAGAGUGAUUAGAAAAUAUCAAGAGAAUGGUGAAAAUAUUGAGAAAUUUGAAGAGGACACGGGGUUUGAUUAA